AAAAAUAAGGGGCAGUAGGAGGACCAAGAUUGACACAGACCAAGAAUAAAUGAAUGAAUACCUUCGUGUGAAACAAAUUAGGGUUCUGAAAUAACCCAUCCUCACCGUCUUCUUCCAUCGCCGAUGACCUCUCUCUCUCUCUGAAAUCUGUUUCUCUCUACUUUCACACUCGGCGCCACCACCUCUUCGCCGCUCGUUUCCCCUCCGGCGUAUUGGAUCUUACACACAGGACCGAUUCCGAGCACACAAGCAAAUCAAGAGAUACCUCAUUGGAUGGAGGGGUUUUGUAUUGGUGAUGAUCAAUAGGCGAGACAGCAUGAUGAGGAAGAUUAGGGUUUGAAUUACAAGCUGGAAAAUUUGUUUUUGUUUUCUUUUGGUAGAUUUUAUGGCUGAUCAGUCCUUGACCACACUUCCCGAUUCAUCUCUUGUAUUGGUAGAAGAUCAUUCUUUAGUUAUCGGGCAGGAAUUUCCUGACGUCGAGAGUUGCCGAAGAGCACUCAAAGAUAUUGCUAUAGCAUUGCAUUUUGAUCUUAGGAUUGUGAAAUCUGAUCGUAGUCGGUUUAUAGCUAAAUGCUCGAAAGAAGGUUGUCCGUGGCGUGUACAUGUCGCGAAAUGUCCGGGAGUGCCUACAUUUUCUAUUAGGACCCUUCACGCAGAGCAUACUUGUGAGGGAGUGAGAAAUCUCCAUCAUCAACAAGCAUCGGUGGGAUGGGUUGCUAGGUCUGUUGAAGCGAGGGUUCGUGAUAAUCCUCAGUAUAAACCCAAAGAAAUUCUGCAAGAUAUUCGGGAUCAGCAUGGUGUUGCUGUGUCUUAUAUGCAAGCUUGGCGUGGGAAGGAGCGAAGCAUGGCUGCUUUACAUGGGACUUUUGAAGAAGGGUAUAGACUUUUACCAGCAUACUGUGAACAGAUUAGGAAAACUAACCCAGGAAGCAUUGCAUCUGUUUUUGCCACUGGACAAGACAAUUACUUUCAGCGCCUCUUCAUAUCGUACAGGGCGUCAAUCUAUGGUUUUAUAAAUUCUUGUAGGCCACUUUUGGAACUUGACAAAUCACAUCUCAAAGGGAAAUAUUUGGGUGCACUGCUUUGUGCUUCAGCUGUUGAUGCUGAUGAUGCCUUGUUUCCAUUGGCAAUCUCUGUUGUUGAUUCAGAUAGUGAUGAGAAUUGGAUGUGGUUCAUGUCAGAACUGAGGAAGCUUCUUGGAGUAAAUACUGAUAACAUGCCCAGACUUACUAUACUUUCUGAAAGGCAACCGGGUAUUGUGGAGGCAGUUGAGACUCAUUUCCCGAGUGCCUUUCAUGGUUUUUGCUUGCGUUAUGUCAGUGAGAAUUUUCGCGAUACAUUUAAGAACUCAAAGUUGGUGAAUAUCUUUUGGAAUGCUGUUUAUGCACUUACAGCAGCUGAAUUCGAAGGCAAAAUCACCGAGAUGAUAGAAAUAUCACAAGAUGUCUUAAUGUGGUUUCAGCAAUUUCCUCCCCAGCUAUGGGCUGUUGCCUAUUUUGAGGGGGUACGAUAUGGGCAUUUCACAUUGGGGGUCACAGAAGUAUUGUAUAACUGGGCACUUGAAUGUCAUGAGCUCCCUAUUGUACAGAUGAUGGAGCACAUUCGCAAUCAGAUGAUAUCUUGGUUCACGGAGCGUCGUAAUAUAAGCAUGCGAUGGACCUCGAUUCUUGUACCAUCAGCUGAGAAGAGGAUUUCAGAGGCAAUUGCAGAUGCUCGUUGCUAUCAAGUACUUCGUGCAAAUGAAGUUGAAUUUGAGAUUGUGUCGACCGAGAGAACAAAUAUUGUGGACAUACGGAGUAGAGUGUGUUCGUGUCGACGUUGGCAACUCUAUGGUUUGCCAUGUGCACAUGCUGCUGCUGCACUCAUCUCAUGCGGGCAGAAUGCUCAUUUGUUUGCUGAGCAUUGUUUCACAAUCGAUAGCUACCGUGAAACCUAUUCGCAGAUGAUAAAUCCAAUUCCAGAUAAAAGCCUAUGGAAGGAGCUUGGUGAGGGAACUGAGGGCGGAGGUGCCAAAGUUGACAUCAUGAUACGCCCACCCAAGACCCGUCGGCCUCCUGGCAGGCCCAAAAAGAAGGUUCUUCGCGUGGAGAGUUUAAAGCGUCCAAAGAGAGUUGUUCAAUGUGGUCGCUGCCACAUGUUAGGACAUUCUCAAAAGAAAUGCACAAUGCAAGUCCUUAACUAGUUGUUGAAAUUUGUUUCUUUUAUUUUUCUGCAAUUGCCUUAGAUAAAUUGUGUGUCUGUAGGCUUGGUCUAUGUUCUUUAAAACUCAGUUGCAAAUAAGUACUUGGGCCUUUGUGUCAUAGUUUCAUCUGUUGGCCUUUUGAAUGUGUUAUCCGCAUGUAUGUGCUUCCUCCGACAGUGUUGAGUAUUACAGUCCCUUCUCGUUUAUGUUAGACAACUUUCCUUUUCA